AAUGUCAGAACAGUACAGAUAUCCCCCAAAUGUCAGAACGGUACAGAUAUCCCCCAGAUGUCAGGACAGUACAGAUAUCCCCCAAAUGUCUGGACAGUACAGAUAUCCCCCAAAUGUCAGGACAGGUACAGAUAUCCCCCAAAUGUCAGCACAGUACAGAUAUCCCCCAGAUGUCAGGACAGUACAGAUAUCCCCCAAAUGUCAGGACAGUACAGAUAUCCCCCAAAUGUCAGGACGGUACAGAUAUCCCCCAAAUGUCAGGACGGUACAGAUAUCCCCCAAAUGUCAGGACGGUAACAGAUAUCCCCCAAAUGUUCACGACAGGACAGAUAUCCCCCAAAUGUCAGGACAGGACAGAUAUCCCCCAAAUGUCAGGACGGUACAGAUAUCCCCCAAAUGUCAG